UCGGACUUUUCACGUCAUGAUUCCCCGCAUUCCGCUUCUUCCGUUAGGCCUUGGAUUUACUUCAUUUAUUUGCUUUACCUCUUCACUUCAAUACUCUUAAAUAUCCCAAACUACACUCUCCAAGAACAUACUACAACAUCCAAAAUAUAUAUCAUGUCUCAUUUCGCUCUCCCCGGUGCCAACAAACCAUAUGGAAACGCCCCAACUCCCAGCCUCAAGCCUCGGAAUGGGCGGCUGCUUAUUCCUCUAAUGGCUACAAUUGGUCUCGGUUUUGGGGCAUACAAUUACUACGUCGAAGCCAUGUCACGGCGGGAACUCUCUAUGUUGGAGGAGCAGGAACGCCUGGCGCGAAACCAACAGUUGAUGGACGCAUACGGCGACAAGAAUAGUCUGCACGAUGUCCAGCACGCACUUGACACCUACAAGGUUCAAUGAAUAUCGGAUCCGUACUUCAAGAUGCUGGUAGUCUUGAUGUGGAGGAUGGAUUCUUCUGCUCGAUUUGCGAUUCGUGUUUGGAUGGAGUUUCGAGGAUUUGGGAUUUGGGAUUAUUUGGGAUUUGGUGGAUUCCAAGGCACCACAUGCCCUGAGAAUAGGCAUAUCUUGGGGAGUUAAUGCUGUAUUAGCUUGAUUGUGUACAUUUAUGGGUUUCAAUUUGAAGCAGCUUUACAAUCGCCAAUA